CUUUAUUCGCUCGCCAUUCGGUUCAAUCUUUUGGUACCGUAAUGCAACAUCAUACGGCCGCGUGGCUGCGACAGAAUUCAUCAAUAAUAUGCACAUGUUCUCCCUCGGCCUUUUCAGCGUCCACCGUGUUGGCCCCGACGGACUUGGAUGGCCGGUUUGCCCCAAGUCCGUCUCCGGUCCUUUGCCUCUGCCUUUGCCUCCCAUGAUCCAAGGCCGUGCACGCUGUGUAUGAUGUGAAUGGCACAAAGCACUACAUAGUACACACGCGUAGCUUGGGUGCUAUGUCAUGUCCUGCAGGGUGACUUUAUCUCGACAUUGUCAUUAGCGUCAGAAUUGCAUGAUGCUAUGCCCAUGCUGCACUGCAGGGGCUUGCCGAGGAGCUGGUGGAGCUGGAGAACCGCCGCUUGCCGUCCACAGCCAAUGACGCCGGCCCUGUUGACCAUACCAUACCGUGCUAUUGUGUCUGUGUAUCUGGAACCGUGCUCCAGCUUGGUCGCCGUUCAUCCACAAUGCUCUUCUCCUCGCCGAGACCUGACACCAUAUAUAAUAAUACUACGCCCAUCGCCUUGGACGGGCCUCUGGUGUCGCCCCCUCUCAGGCCCCAACCUGAACUCAAUUGUCCACCUCACACGCCGGCAGACUCGACAACAUGGCGGACAACACAGUGCCCAUCCCACAGCCCCCUGGGCUGCCACUCCUGGGCAACAUCAACGACAUCAACCCAGAGUUUCCCCUCGGGUCCAUGAUCAACAUGGCAGACAAAUACGGUGAAAUCUAUCGACUAAGUCUCCCCGGAAGAAGUGUGGUCGUUGUUUCCUCACAAGCCCUGGUCAACGAGGUCUGCGACGAGAAGCGCUUCAAGAAGGAUGUCGCCAAGGUUCUUCAGGAGGUCAGAGCUGGCGUCCACGACGGCCUUUUCACCGCCCAUGCCGACGAGCCCAACUGGGGCAUUGCUCACCGAGUCUUGAUGCCUGCGUUCGGACCCAUGAGCAUCCAGGCCAUGUUCCCUGAGAUGCACGAUAUUGCGAACCAGCUGGCGAUGAAGUGGGCUCGCCAUGGCCCGAGCCAGCCCAUCAUGGUCACAGACGAGUUUACGAGGCUGACCCUCGACACCCUCGCCCUUUGCUCCAUGGACUACAGAUUCAACUCGUUCUAUCAUGACGAGAUGCACCCAUUCAUUGAGGCUAUGGGAGAUUUUCUGGUCGAGUCCGGCAACAAGACGAGACGCCCACCUUUCACAUCUAUUUUCUAUCGCGAGGUCGACCGCAAGUACGAGCGCGAUAUUGAGAUCCUCAGGAAAACAGCCGACGACGUGCUCAAGGCGAGAAAAGAGAAUCCCACCGACCGGAAGGAUCUCCUCAACGCUAUGUUGAACGGGGUGGACCCAAAGACUGGGCAGAAGAUGACCGACCAGUCCAUCACCGACAAUCUGAUCACCUUCCUCAUUGCUGGCCAUGAGACCACAUCAGGAAUGCUCUCAUUUGCAUUCUACAACCUCCUGAAGAACCCCGAGACUUACAAGAAGGCCCAGCAGGAAGUGGACGAGGUUGUCGGGACCGGACCCAUCAUGGUCGACCACGUGAAGAAGCUGCAAUACAUCCAGGCCGUUUUGAGGGAAACCCUCAGGCUCACUGCCACCAUCCCCACCAUCUCGGUGAAGCCGCUUCAAGAUACAGUCCUUGGCGGCAAGUAUGCAGUCGGCGCCCACGAGUCCAUCGCGCUUCUUGUUGCCAAGUCUCAGGUCGAUCCCGCUGUCUUCGGCGAGACUGCCCACGACUUCAUCCCGGACAGGAUGCUGGAAGAUAACUUCAACAAACUGAACAGGGAAUUCCCCAAUUCUUGGAAGCCCUUCGGGAACGGCAUGAGAGCUUGCAUCGGAAGGCCGUUCGCCUGGCAGGAGGCUGUUUUGGUUAUGGCUAUGUUGUUGCAAAAUUUCAACUUCAUGCCGGACGACCCCAACUACCACCUCAGCAUCAAGCAGACCCUGACUAUCAAGCCCAAGGACUUCCUGAUGCGGGCUUCACUCCGGCACGGCCUCACCCCCACCCAACUGGAGCACCGUCUCAACGGUACCACUGCUCCCUCGACCCCUCUCGAGAAUUCAGUAGCCAGCCUCUCGGUGGAGUCAGGGGCAAAGGGGAAGCCGAUGGCUAUCUACUACGGAUCAAACAGCGGCACAUGCGAGGCCUUUGCUCAGCGACUUGCCUCGGACGCGCUAAGCCACGGCUUUAGUGCCGCAGUGGUUGAUUCUCUUGACGCCGCUAACGAGAAUCUUCCCACCGAUAGGCCUGUCGCCAUCAUCACCGCUUCCUAUGAGGGUGAACCACCAGACAACGCAGCUUUAUUCUGCAACUGGAUUCAAGGUCUCAAGGGCAAGGAGCUGGAGAACGUUUCGUAUGCGGUGUUUGGCUGUGGACACCAUGACUGGUCUUCGACAUUCCACAAGAUCCCAAAAAUGUGUGAUGCGACAAUUGAGAAGUUUGGUGGAUCGAGAAUAGCGCCGCUGGGGCUGGCUGACGCCGCCGAUGGUGACAUGUUCACCAAGUUUGAGUCCUGGGAGGACGAGGUCUUCUGGCCAGCUAUGAAGGUGAAGUAUGGGAUCGAUGGGGCCGAGAAGGAUGGAGAGGCCCUGCAAGGUGGACUCUCGGUCGAAAUCUCGACGCCUCGGUCCUCGACCCUUCGCCAAGACGUCAAGGAGGCUGUCGUUGUCGAAACCCGCAAUCUCACAUCCCCUGAGGCUCCUACGAAGAAGCACAUUGAAAUCCAACUGCCGAGUGACAUGUCCUACUCUGCAGGAGACUACUUGGCGAUUCUUCCCAUCAACCCCAAGGACAUUGUGCACCGAGCCCUCCGCCGCUUCCAACUGCCGUGGGACGCCCACAUCACCAUCAGCAGCCAAAGCCAAACCACCCUGCCCACCGGCUCCUCCGUGCCGGCAUCUGAUGUUCUCGGUGCCUAUGUCGAGCUCGCCCAGCCAGCCACAAAACGCAGCGUUGCAGCCCUGACCGAGGCUGCAAAGGACGACGAGACCAAGGCCGCGCUCAGCAACUUGGGCGGUGACAACUACCUGUCCGAAGUCAGUGCUAAACGCCUCUCGGUGCUGGAUCUUCUGGAGAAGUUCCCAUCAGUCGAGCUUCCUUUCGCCACUUUCCUCUCACUACUUCCCCCAAUGAGGGUGCGCCAGUACUCCAUAUCCUCGUCACCGCUGUGGAACCCCAACAACCUGACCCUGACCUACGCCGUGCUCGAUGCACCAGCCCUUGCCGGGAAUGGCCAGCGCCACGUGGGCGUCGCCACUAGCUACCUCGCGAGCCUCGAGGCGGGCGACAAGCUGCAUGUCGCGAUCAGGCCGUCGCACGCGAGCUUCCACCUGCCGGUGGACAGCGAGAGGACGCCAGUGCUGUGCAUCGCGGCGGGCUCGGGCCUCGCGCCUUUCCGCGGGUUCAUCCAGGAGCGGGCGGCCAUGCUCGGCGCCGGCAGGAAGCUGGCGCCUGCGAUCCUCUUCUUUGGCUGCCGGGGCCCGGAGCAUGACGACCUCUACCGCGAGGAGCUGGACAAAUGGCAGGCGGCCGGCGCGGUGGAUGUGCGGCGCGCGUACAGCCGGAAGCCCGAGGCCAGCGAGGGCUGCGCCCACGUGCAAGACCGUCUGUGGCAGGACCGCAGGGAGGUGCAGGCGCUAUGGGAUCAGGGGGCCAAGGUCUACGUCUGCGGUUCCCGCGGCGUGGGCGAUGCGGUGAGAGAAGUGGCGAUCAAGAUGUACGUCGAGGGCGCCAGGGUGAACCAUGGCAAGGACCUGAGUGUUGAGGAUGCGACGGCGCGCUUCGACGCUGUGAGGAAUGAGAGAUACGCCACGGAUGUGUUCGACUAAUUUCGUACCAGACUGGGGAUACAGACAGGUUGGCGUUGGAUAUAGGAAAGGCAGGUCUGGGUCGACAAAAGCUUAGGUAGAUCGGACAGGAGCUCAUAGAUUGGACAUUUCUUUUUAAUUUAGGCUCUCUUAUCUUUUA